CCUGAUGUCUCAGGCAUACACUGUCCAAUCAAGUGUCGCUCAAAUCAAAUCGAUGACCAGGCGUCUUGGGUCUAUUUGAACUUUUUGCGACAAUACGAGUAACCACUCCGCUCUACCGCCACCACCUUUCCUUUUCAAAUUCCUUGCAAUCUCAAUAGGGUCACAAAAUGCUGUCCUCUGCGAGAUCUGCCACUUCGUUGGCUCUGCGAGGUAAGUUCCCUGGGGAGCUCCCCUUCAACACCCCUCUUGCCACACAUCAUGCUAACUCUCACCCAACAGCCAAACCAUCUUCGUGCUUAAUUCCAUACCGGUCAAUCGCGGCAAUUUCGUCCCCUUCGUCGAAGCCUGCGGCUGCUAUAUCGCAGUAUGAUGUGAAUACGCCACGACCCGUGAGCGUUACGGGGAAGGAAAAGCGCGAGGUGCCAUUGCCCAGCCAGGAGGGAAAGAAGGGCUUUACUGAAUACGCCUUGUAUGUUUUCCACAUCAUUUUCAGUAUGCUAUGGGAAGUUGGGGUGGUUCGGGGUUCAAUUGGGACUUGUGGAAAGGGUGGCAAAUGUAUCGAGAUACCAAGCUAACACGACUUCGACAGAACAACCCUCGAUCAAAUCACCAAUUGGGCACGUCAAGGAUCGCUGUGGCCUAUGACUUUCGGACUCGCCUGCUGCGCCAUCGAAAUGAUGCAUCUCUCCACUCCACGAUACGACCAGGAUCGACUUGGUAUAAUUUUCAGAGCGUCCCCUCGUCAGUCCGAUGUCAUGAUUGUUGCGGGGACCUUGACGAACAAGAUGGCGCCUGCUCUUAGACAGGUUUACGAUCAGAUGCCGGAGCCGAGAUGGGUUAUUUCGAUGGGCAGUUGUGCGAAUGGUGGGGGAUACUAUCAUUAUAGUUAUAGUGUUACGAGAGGGUGUGAUCGUAUUGUUCCGGUGGAUAUCUAUGUUCCUGGGUGUCCUCCUACUUCUGAGGCACUGAUGUAUGGAAUUUUCCAGUUGCAGAAGAAGGUAUGUUUGAAGCUCUUUUAACCACCUUUGGGGCAGAAGUCCCCAUUCAAGGUUGUCCAAUCUGAUAAGAUUUGGACUUGUGGAGUUUGAGGCUAACUAUCCGCAGAUGAGACUUACUAAGAUUACCAGAAUGUGGUACAGAAAGUAGUGGGAGAGAAAGGGGAAUUGCAUCGGGGGGAACAUGGGUUAUGGGGGUGUCUUUUUAUUUGUACAAAGUUCAGACUGCAUAUAUUCAGACUGCAUAGGCGUUCGCUUUUGCGAAAGAUAACAAUACAUUGGUAUUAAAAUCGCCAGCCAUGUCUGACCAGACUGAAAUAAAUCCGAAGGUCCGGCUUUUUAUUGUAGGUGCGUCGAUGUUGGCUGCUCGUUUCCUUUUGAGGGAAAUAGGGAGACGACCUUGAAUCUGAUUCCUGGCUCUUAAUUCGCUAUCUACUGGCAUGAAAUAGCUAGAACCAGGUAAUCAAUGCCUCGUCUUCUAGCGCGCAUCUCGAAAGAUGCAGUAAACAAAGGAUGUAAUAAUCAAGAUUUGAAGCUAUUUUCACCAAGAUAUUGAAC